AUGUCUGUCCUGUUUUCUCAACAGGCACCCUGGAGGAACAACAACAUCAGUUUUCUGAGCAGAGAGGCAGCUGUAACAGAGCAAGGAGAGACUAUCAUAGGUUUCUACCUACUGGCUUUAGGUUGGCUGUCUUGGUUUGGAAACAGCAUUGUGAUUUUUGUCCUGUAUAAAAAAAGACAUCUUCUGCAGCCCACCGACUACCUCACAUUUAAUUUGGCAGUAUCAGACGCUGGUAUCUCCGUGUUUGGUUAUUCACGGGGGAUCAUUGAAAUCUUCAAUGUCUUCAGAGAUGAUGGAUUCAUUAUCACAUCAAUAUGGACUUGCCAGGUUGAUGGCUUCCUGACACUUCUCUUUGGCCUGGCUAGCAUUAAUACCCUUACAGUAAUCAGUGUGACUCGCUAUAUCAAGGGCUGCCAUCCUGAGAGAGGUCACUGCAUCAGCAACAGCAGUAUGACGGUGGCUCUGGUUCUCAUUUGGGUAGCAGCUUUCUUCUGGUCAGCAGCUCCAUUACUUGGUUGGGGCAGUUAUACAGAUCGCAUGUAUGGCACAUGUGAGAUAGACUGGGCAAAAGCCAACUUCUCUACAAUCUACAAGUCCUACAUUGUCUCCAUUUUUAUCUGCUGUUUUUUCCUACCUGUAACAGUAAUGGUCUUCUCAUAUGUGUCAAUUAUCAAUACCGUCAAGCUAAGCCAUGCAUUAACAGGACUGGCUGAUCCCACAGACAGACAGAGGAGAAUGGAGCGGGAUGUCACCAGGGUUUCUAUUGUCAUUUGCACAGCCUUCAUUAUUGCGUGGUCACCAUACGCUGUCAUCUCUAUAUGGUCUGCCUAUGGUCACCCUGUGCCCAACCUUACCAGCAUCCUUGCCAGCUUGUUUGCUAAGUCUGCCAGCUUCUACAAUCCCAUUAUCUACUUUGGAAUGAGCUCCAAAUUUCGGAGGGACAUCUUCAUCUUUUUCCAUUGUGCCAAGGAAGUCAAGGACCCUGUGAAGCUCAAACGUUUCAAAAACCUCAAGCAAAAACAACAAGAGCCUUCUCAGAAAGAAGAGAAGCAUGCAGGAGAAAUGCACCCUGCACCAAGCCCUGAUUCUGGGGUGGGAAGCCCAACCAAUACCCCACCUCCAGCAAACAGGGAAGUGUAUUUUGGUGUUCUCGAUACACCAUCUAAUAACCCUGAUAUUGAAUGUGAUAGACUGUAA